CAUAUCUCAGGUCGCGCGAUUUCACCUGUCUUCGGGUAUUAAACUGGUCCCCGCGCCUUAUUCGUCCCCCGAAAGACAUCUUACUUGGUCGAACCUGACACAUCCUUUGUGACCACCCAGAGCGCGUGAUGCCAGAAUCUCUGCUCUGGAUCAACAAAGGUUCGGCAUCGAAAGUCCUCUCGCGCAGCUCAAAAGCCGAGACUAAACUCAUCCGGAAGCAUGUCCAACAUGAACGACAAAUAAGAGCGCGCGCAUCGCAAGGGACAUCUAAGUUGUCCUCUGAGAAGGCGCGGGAGGACAACGACUUGUCUCCGGAGCAGACGCCGCGCCGAGUUGCUGAUGCGAAACCUGGACUGCGUCUGGAUACCGAUAUUCGAUUGCAGCCGACCGAUGAUGCAGAACCUCAACACCGCGCGUUGCUCUCGGCAUCUCUCUCACCGACAGGCCAAUCUGGGCGCUUAAUCCAGGCCAUCAGCUCAUUCCCGGAUCUCGAGUCCCAGGAGUUACGCAGCUUGGUGUUCUUUUGUCAAAGGACUGGCCCAGAGUGGUCCGGCUGGAGGGACGCAUCUUUUUGGAACAAGCUGAUCGUCCAAGCCUGUCAUUCGAAUCAAUCCAUACUCCACGGCGUAGUUGCAUUGGGCGCCUUGCAUGAAUCUUCCGAAGCUGAAGGAGAGUCGGACGAACAGUCGAAUUUGCAACAGCUGGCUCUACGUCAGAGUAGCAAGGCAUCUCGCAUGGCCUAUGAAACAGCGGUCUCCGAGAUUGCAACCCUAAUAUCAUGCAUCAUCUUUGUCUGUCUGCAAAACCUGCAAAACAGUCACACUGCUUACCAGCUGCUGAAAUCUGGUCACAGUCUCAUCACGGAAAUUGACAACCGACUUCUGACGGGCGACCUAGUCCUUGCGGACAGCGAGAAAGCCGUUCUAGACAACUUCCUGCGGCCUAUCAUUGAGAGGUUGCGCAUGAGAUUUUGCACCAUUGUCGACGUACCAUCUGCGCUGGCACUGAGUGCAGCCAUAAAGGGAGACAAGCCUGAUCAUACCCUGGCGUAUCCCGAAAUCCCGUACCGUUUCGUCAACCUACUAGAGGCACGAAAUAGGCUUGAAGAGAUUGUCGAAUGGGCCCAGGGAACUGUUGAUCCUGGCAAUACCGAAGGUGACGGCAGACCACAGACUCAAGAACUCCUAUCGAAUUGGAUGACGGCGCUUGAUGAAACUGGCAUCACGGUGCUUGAGCGGUACGAAGCCUUGACGAUUUCGAAGCAGCUUCUCAAGGCCGCUGCAAUUGUCGCAUCCAUACUUUUCGACACUUUGGGGACUCAAGAAGAAUGCAGCUACGACUGUCAUAUCGAGAAGUUCUCAGAGAUCAUUGAGCUCUACAAGGCCGCCCUGGCACAUCCAACCAGAGCUUCAAGAAACUUCUCAUUCGGGAUUGAUUCCGGCGUCAUUGAUACUUUGGCAUUUGUUGCGGGAAGAUGUCGAGAUCCCGUCAUCCGCCGAUCGGCUAUUGACUUGCUUGCGCGCACAAACAGAACAGAGGGAGACUUACAAGGUUCGACUGGCAGCACUAUACUGCAAACACUUAUGAACCUUGAAGAAGAUGGCCUCAAUGUCGCUUCGGCUGACGACGUUCCCGAAAGCCAGCGACUCCGCAUAUGGGAGGACCACCAAUACUGGGAAACAGGGCAGAUCCAAAUAUUCUUUGUCAAGUGGCCAUACGACCCGGCGCUGGGCGCAGAGAUCAAACCGGCAACAGUCUACCUUCCCAACAGCUCCUUGAGAACAGCAAAGGAAAAGGCACUUCCCGGGAGCCCGGUGGGGUUGCCCAACGUCAAAUAUGGCCGUGGCGUUGGUGCAUUUCUGGAAGAGGGCACGCAAAUGUACCACCAGAUCACACUCUCAUCCUUCUUCAUGCCUAUGCCCAGGCUAUAAAUAUUGCGCCAUCAGGCACUGUUUGCCGAUGAAUUUUGACGAUAUGUGAAGGCACUUGGUGCCGCCGUCAACCAACGGCUCCUGGCAAGCUUUGCCCGCCCGCUUGACCAC